CGAAGCCAAUCGCGAUGAAAAUUUUCAAGCAGCUCGUCCAUCAGACGGGAAAACAUAGAAAUAAAUAUACUGUCAGUUAAUCCGCUACCGUAUAUAGAAAUUGCAAAUCCAAAAAUUAAAUUGCUAAUCGAUACUGGUAGCUCUAAAUCAAUAAUAAGACCUUCUAUUGCCGAAAAAUACUUUCCAGAUACAAUUUAUCAUUCUGAUACUACUAUAUCUACUAGUCUUGGAAGUAAAAACGUUAGGUAUCGAGCGCUUAUUCCUGCAUUUCCUGAACUAAAAAAUAAAAACUAUCAAAUCGAUUUUAUACUAUAUGAUUUUCACAAUUAUUUUGAUGGAAUUCUCGGUAUUAAAGAUUUAAUAGGUAUGAAUAUAAAUAUUGAUCUAACUAAUCGAGAACUAUUAGGACCUCACCUAAGAUUGCCUUUUAAGUAUAGAAAAGUAAACGAUAUUGAGUUUUCUUUUUCAAUAGACCCCGGAGAAAAAACGAUAAAGAAAUUACCCGUAAAUAUAGAUAAUGGGGAUAUUAUUGUAGACGCUCGAAAAAUAGAAAAUAUAAUAAUUCCACAAAUUUUAUCUACAGCGAGAAACGGUUUCGCACCAAUAGAAAUUCAAAAUCACACAAAUAAUUCGAUAACGAUAACAUUACGAGAACCAAUUCAAGUUACUCCAUUUAAAAAUUCACAAUAUGAACUCUUUAAAUUUGAAAGCUUUGCUAAUGAUUUUGAUGAAAAUAAUUUCAUAAAACCUAAUGACAAUAUUACCGAAUUAAUUCGUACAAAUCACAUGAAUAAAGAAGAAAAACAAAAAAUUAUUUCAUUGUGUAAAGAAUAUUCUGAUUUAUUUUUAAAACCAGGGGACAAAUUGACUUUCACUUCAAAUGUUAAACAUAUUAUAAGAACCAAAGACGAGGUACCGGUUCACACUAAAUCUUACAGAUAUCCCUACGUCCACAGAGAGGAAAUUAGGAGACAAAUUCAAGAGAUGUUAGAUAAAAACAUAAUUAGACCGUCCUGUUCCCCUUGGAGCUCCCCGAUAUGGAUUGUUAAAAAGAAAAUGGACGCAUCAAAUACCCAAAAAUGGAGACUGGUAGUUGAUUACCGGAAAAUUAAUGAAAAGACAAUUGAUGACAGGUACCCGCUUCCCAAUAUAUCCGAUAUAUUGGAUAAAUUAGGUCGAGCUCAGUAUUUUACUACCCUCGACUUGGCAAGCGGCUUCCAUCAAAUACAAAUGAGCGAAUGUUCUAUAGAAAAAACGGCUUUCAACGUAGAUGGAGGACAUUACGAGUACCUUAGAAUGCCUUUCGGUCUUAAAAAUGCCCCUUCUACAUUUCAAAGAGCUGUAAAUGAAGUCCUUAAAGACAUCCAAAACAAAAUAUGCAUGGUAUACAUGGAUGACAUUAUCAUAUUCAGUACUAGCCUUCAGGAGCACAUACAAAAUCUGAAAUUAGUAUUUUCAAAACUACGCCACGCAGAGCUUAAGAUACAACUAGACAAGUGCGAGUUUCUUCGCAAGGAAGUAGAGUAUCUAGGUCACGUUGUAACUCCUCAUGGGAUAAAACCUAAUCCGAAUAAAAUCAAAGCAAUUCAAAAUUUCCCUAUCCCAAAAACCGCCUACGAUGUCGACGAGCACGCGAAUCCUGAUGCUUUACCUGAUUCUUCGCAUUUAAGCCAACUUAUUAAGCAAAUAGAUAGUCUAGUUACGCAUUUCAAUUACAUAAAAAAUAGUAUUACAACUGUAACCACUACAAACAGUAUAUCCUAUCACGCUUUAGCACAGAACAUGUUAAUAAGAACCGAGUAUUUGAUCAACACUGUACAGAAAAAAUUCGAAAAUUUGAAUCCUCAUAUCAGAAAUCGAAGAGGUUUGCUAAAUGGCGUUGGUAAAAUAAACAAAUGGCUAUUUGGAAACCUCGAUUCAGAUGACGAGAUAAAAUACGAUAACGCAAUUACUUUAUUACAACAAAAUCAAAAGAACAUUAUCCAUGAAACUAACCUUCAAAUUUCUCUCUAUAAGAAACUCAUUGAUCAUUACAAUAAGUCAAUUACUACUUUAAAUAAAAAUCAAGCAAACUUUAAUAAUGGGUUACAACUAUUUUCAGCCUCUGUAUAUAACAAAAUUGAAACACUAGAAAGUUAUCUAACGUUUCAAGGUAUGUUGUAUCAGAUUAAUUUAGACUGUCAGUCAACAAUAACGUUUAUAGAUAAUAUUGAGAACGCAGUUGUAUUUUCGAAACUUAAUUCUGUACAUACGUCUAUAAUUUCUAGUUACGAGAUACUGGACAUAAUUCAACAUUUAGAAAAACUAUAUUCGGAAAAACAGAUUCCUAAAUUUUCUAACAUUUUAACAUACUACCAAUUUCUUGGAACUCAAGUAUCAAUCAUUGAUUCGAAAUUAGUCUUUGCUAUCCACGUACCUAUACUCAUCUCCGAAACAUUUGAAUUUUACCACCUUUUUCCCAUAAUCCAAAAUAAUAAAAUGUACACUCCUAAAUUCCCUUACCUGGCACGAACGCAAAAUGAAACUCAAUCAGAAAAAGAAGAAUGUCCACCACUCGAAGGUACCUACUAUUGCCGUCAAAAUUUUGUCCAAAGGGAUAAUUGCACCCUUAGUCUACUUGAAGGGAACACUCUCGAUGAUUGCCAAAUUCUAGAAGUCAAUAUCGAAGAAACAAUCAUUCAACAAGUUACAACAAAAGAAGUCCUAAUAAUGCCGAUUCAACAAGAAAAAAUACUUUCAAAAUGUCAAUCCGAUCGAUACCUCGAAAUAGAAGAACCAUCACUUGUCAAAAUCCCAGAAAACUGUGAACUAUGGAUCAAUAAUCAACGAUACAUCAAUGACGACGAAAUCAGUUACGGAUAA